GAAAUGUAACAAUCCGGUUGUACACUCCCGGUAACCGUAUACUUCCCCUGCUCUGAGUCCCCCCUCCCUGACGAUUUUGUCACUUUGGUAGAGGCCGCUUUGCCUUUUUUUUCACGCCGAGCGGAGCAAGAUGGCGGCUGUACUGCCGAGGACGAGGUGUAGUAGCCGCUCGGCAUGAACAUUUAUUUUUGAAAUAAAUUUAUUAAAAUCAAACGGAAAUAUUUGAACGUCGGACUACAAGGGUCGUGCACUACUUCACUCCAUUACAAUAAUCGCAAUUUUUUAUAUGUUAAGAAUUUUCUUUCUGACAACAUGAUCACAUUGUAGUAGCUAGCUCACUAAACUAGCAAGCAUAGCCAGCCUACCACCGUAGCAAACGCAGGAGAAAGUGUAGAAUGGGAGAAAAGCUAGAACUCAAGCUGAAGUCGCCGGUUGGAGCAGAAGCUGCUGGCUAUCCGUGGCCGUUACCAGUAUACGACAAACACCACGAUGCUGCUCAUGAAAUCAUUGAGACCAUUCGGUGGGUGUGUGAGGAGAUCCCAGACCUUAAGCUGGCCAUGGAGAACUAUGUCCUCAUCGACUACGACACCAAGAGCUUCGAGAGUAUGCAGAGACUUUGUGACAAAUACAAUAGAGCCAUUGACAGCAUCCACCAGCUGUGGAAAGGCACAACUCCUCCCCUGAAGUUGAACAAGCGGCCGUCCAAUGGGCUGCUUAGACACAUCCUGCAGCAGGUGUACAACCACUCGGUCACGGACCCCGAGAAGCUCAACAACUAUGAGCCCUUCUCCCCCGAGGUGUACGGCGAGACCUCCUUCGACCUGGUGGCCCAGAUCAUCAACGAGAUGGAGAUGAUGGAGGAUGACACCUUCGUAGACCUCGGCAGCGGGGUGGGACAAGUGGUGCUGCAGGUUGCCGCAGCAACAAACUGUAAACACUACUUUGGUGUGGAGAAGGCAGACAUUCCAGCCACUUAUGCUGAGUCUAUGGAUAAAGAAUUUAAGAGGUGGAUGAAGUGGUAUGGGAAGAAGCACGGGGACUACACGCUGGAGAGGGGGGAUUUCCUGUCUGAAGUGUGGAAGGACAGGAUCGCCAACACAAGCAGUGUUAUUUUUGUGAACAACUUUGCCUUUGGUCCAGAAGUGGAUCACCAGCUGAAGGAGCGCUUUGCUAACAUGAAGGAAGGUGCGAAAAUUGUAUCAUCAAAACCUUUUGCACCUCUAAAUUUUAGAAUCAACAGUCGAAACUUGAGUGACAUUGGCACAAUAAUGAGAGUCGUUGAGCUGUCUCCGUUGAGGGGUUCAGUGUCCUGGACAGGGAAGCCAGUUUCCUACUACCUUCAUACAAUAGACCGCACCAUACUUGAAAACUAUUUUCAUAGUCUCAAAAAUCCUAAACUCAGGGAGGAGCAAGAAGCAGCUAGGCGUCGACAAGAAAAGAACAGUAAAGACAGUAAAAACACCACCCCAACCAAGGCAAAGGAGCACAAGGAUUCCUGCGGCGAGGAUGAGCAACCGAGGCUAUUGGCAGUCGUGAAGGCGUCACCCAAACCCCGCCGCGCCAAACUCCUCAGCAAAGGCCGCAAGCUGAGCGCUCGGAAGCGCGGGCGUCCCAAGAAGGCUGCCGUGACUGCAGCCGAACGCAAGAGCAAGAAGAGCCAGAGUGCCCUGGAGCUGCUGCACGCCAAGACCAUCUCUGCAGCACCCCCUCAGGAUGCAUACAGGUCACCUCAAAGUCCCCUCUACCAGCUACCUCCCAAAGUUCAGCACUAUGCGUCUGGGCAACUGCUGCUGGGCCCCACUCCUCCUGGCCUACAACAGCUUCUAGACAACAUUAAAGUCCAGUACCUCCAGUUCAUGACCUACAUGAAGACACCUCAGUACCACAAUCACCUGCAGCAAGUCCUGGAGCAGGAGAAGCUAAAACACAGCGAGCUCUCUGGGCAGGCGGAGCAGCUGCAGACUGUGUGUCAGACCCACAAAGAGAAGAUCAAAGGCCUCUUCCACACCAAACUGGAUGAGCUGGGAGUGAAGGCCCUAACUGUGGAGGACCUGCUGCAGGCCCAGAAGGAGAUCUCCGCCCACAACCAUCAGCUGAAGGAGCAGACCAAGCAGCUGGAGAGAGACAUGAUCGAGCUGAGGGACCACAGCCUGCUCCUGUUGAAGUCUCGGUGUGAAGAGCUGAAGCUGGACUGGAGCUCUCUGUGUCUUGAGAGCCUGCUGAAGGAGAAGCAGGCCCUACGCAGACAGAUCUCCGAAAAACAGCGGCACUGUCUCGAGUUACAGAUCAGCAUCGUGGAGCUGGAGAAGAGUCAGAGACAACAGGAGCUGCUCCAGCUCAAGUCCUACAGUCCCUGUGAGGAUUCCCCUUACCGUAAGGGCCUCCCUCGCCCUACCCUGGACCACGACACCCCCAAACUGAGCCUGGUCGUGGCCGGCCUCAGCCCCGAACUGUCCAUCAACGGCACCGCCUCGCCCUGCUUCGACAGGAGGGCCACCAAGGGAGAGCUCCUCUCCCGCUACCUGCCCAUCUCGCCUGACGACGAGAUUGUGCCCCCCACCCCGGACGCCCGGCACAGGCAGCUGGGUCACCCCCUCCCUGACUACACCCGCUUCUCCCCAGCCAAGAUCGCCCUGCGCAGACACCUGAACCAGGACUCUAGUACUGCACACUUCAGAGGCUUGGGCUUCACUGGUCUCAGGGGGGAUAUGGGCGCCAUCACCUCUCCACUAGGCGCUAAACUGAGCUGCCUGUCUCCCAACUCAUCAGACAGUCAGCAGAACAACAUACUCAGGAGUGCUGAGAGGGGGGGUAAGGAGAAGAGUCCAGCAGGGGGUCCGGGUGAAGCCAUCACCAGCCUGCCCAUCAGUAUCCCCCUCAGCACAGUGCACCCCAGCAAACUCCCUGUUAGCAUCCCCCUGGCCAGUGUGGUGCUGCCCAGCCGAGCAGAGAGACUGAGGAGCACACCGAGUCCUGUGUCCCAGACAGGCCAGACCAACGGGUACUCCUCUAGCUUAGGGCUGAUGAACGGAGGCUCUCACUCUGAGGAACAGGACGGGGCUGCCCCCUCCCCUCCCCCUCAUGGUGCCCCUCCAAUGGGACCAACACAAGGCCACAGCCCCCCCCUCAGCACCGGAGGGGUCCUCCAGUAUGCUGACGGCACCCCCAGAAUCCUCCCUGAGGACAGGGCCGAGCGCCAGGGCGAGUCUGACUCUGAGCCCCAGGACAGCGAGUCCAGACGCCGCAUGUUCUUCUCUUCUUCCUCUUCAUCGUCUUCCUCCUCCUCUGGGGGCGCCGCUUCUCGCCUCCGCCUCGGCUCGGCCAGACAGAGCCAGCAUCACCUAGGUAGCCACAGUAACCACAACAACCACCACCACUCGCCGGGCUCCCAACACACAAACUCUCACGGCCAUGGGUCUCAGGAGGAACGCAAGCGUGGGAGGAGGAAGCGAAGCUCAACGGGGGCUCAACCUGCCAGUGGCUCCCCAAAGAGGAAGUCCUUUCCUGGGCUCAGCUCCACCAAUCACCCAUCAGGAUCCCCACUCAACAUCAACACCAUGGUGAACAACAUUAACCAGCCUCUGGAGAUCGCUGCCAUCUCUUCCCCGGAGCAGUCUGGAUGUAGCCCCUGUGGUCCAGACAUGGACCAGCCCCCUGUAUUGAAGCGAGAACGCCCUCUGGAGAUGAAUGGCUCAGGAUGCUACUCCUCCGCACCCAGCUCUGAUGAUGACUCUGGCUACCCCGCGGACAGCUCCAGCUCAAGAAUUGAAAGGAAGAUUGCCACUAUUUCCUUGGAGAGCAGAGAUGGACCAGGCAGACCAGGGGACAGGGAGCGCGGAAGGAAGUCAGGAGGCAGCAGCAGUAACAGCACAGGAAGUGAGGUCUCCUCUUCAUCUUCCUCCUCAUCCAACAGCAAGUGGAAAUCCACCUUCUCCCCCAUCUCUGACCUCAAGCAGCCCCUGUCCGAGGUGAGGCAGGGGGGCUCCCCCUUUGGCACAGGGAGAGAGCCGCGGGGCCUGGGCACGGGUACGGACUCAGACUCUGAUCACAAACCGCAGCAGCAGAGGAGGGGGUGCGAGGGGGCCGGGGGCGAGCCCUCAGGGUUUCAGGACAUCCCCCUUAACCCCUUCCUUAGCCAGGAGUCUGGGGGCCGGCCGGGGGCAGGGGCCCAGGGAGGAAGCAGCUCUGAGAGGCAGGCCAUGCCCAAACAGAAGCCCCGGGGUGAGUGGGAGCUGAAGACAUCCAGCAGCAUGGGCAACAGCCAGAAUCUCUUCAUCUCUGCAGCCGUCAGCGGGGGUAUCCUGAGCGGUAAGGUAGGGGGCAGCCCUGUAUCUUCAGCCUCAGGGGCCUCUGUGGGACAUUACCUGGGCCUUGGGGGCGCCUCUGUCCUCCAGUCCCUGUUCGGAACCCAGACGUCCGGAACCUCUGUGAGCGGGGCCCCGCGCCUGGUCAACGGACACUCUUCCCUGGGGAGCUUCUCCAGCGCUGGGCUGGCAGGCAUGUUUCACCACGUGGUGCCCUCAGUGUCCUCCCAUCAGUUUGGGGCUGCGCUGCCAGCCUCAGGAGGCCUCAGCUCUCUGCUCAGUCUGUCCUCCUCCCAGCAGCACCAACAUCCUGCCCCCCAGUCAGGCUCCUCCUUCCUGGCCUCUGUAUCCUCCUCCCUCCCCCUCUCCCAUUCCCAGCACAGCCGCACCCAAACAGUGCUGCACACCCCUCCACCCCCCACGCUCUCCCUGCCCCCCCCACCACCAUAUCUCAACGUCUCCUCCUCCUCAGUCUCGUCCUCUGACCCCAGUCCCUCGUCUCGCUCUGAGGCCUUCCCCUCUUCUCUCCAGCAACAGAGAGUACAGUCCUCUCUCUCGGUCUCCUCCUCCUCUGCUUCUGUCUCCUCCUCUUCUUCACCUUCCUCUCGUAGCUUCACAGUGCACUACCCCCCUCAUCUGCCCCCUCCAACCCAGGCCAGUAGCUCAGGAGGUGGGGUCAGCAUGUGGAGGACUCUGGGCUUGCCUGCUUCCUACACGUCGUCCUCUCAGCACCCUGGCUCCCGGCCUAGAUAGGGCAUAGGGUGAGGGGCGGGUGGGGGAUGUGGUAGGGGGGUGUGGGUCAAUCAGAGGGAUAAGAGGAAGAGACUGGUAGGGAGAGACACACAGACAACCUGGUUUUCCUGUGCUUCCAAAGCUGCUAUUCAGUUCUAACAAGGUAACUGAAGAAUAUCUACCUCAACCCAACGUAACCUAUGCAAAUGGACAGGUGUGGACCAAUGGACAAUACUAUCUCACUCGUGCUCCUAAGCCUGCUAAACCGCCACUGUACUGGGACUCAACACACACACACACACACACACAGAGCUGAGCACACAUACACACACUGCUUCGGCAACUCACGCUGACACAUACUCGCAGCAUGGCGUCCUGAGCAGAGUUGAGCGGUCACGGGGGUGUUUGUGUUGUGGGUUGAGGCUGAUAGUAAUCACUGGGUUGUGUUCAUCCCAUCCUUAAUGAAUUGGUAUGCUGCCUACUCGUAACAUUAUAGUGACACAUGAAACGCACUGUUUCCAUGGCAGUAACUUGUCACCAUGUAACGUGGUGCUAAUAAGACUUACUAAAUAUACAUAGUUAUUUGUUAAAGACUCAAUUCACACAUUUGACUACAGAAGAAGUCAGUCAGCAGUGUAGUUUUACAUAUCACUGGUGCCGUUAUAUUAGUAAAGGCAGACAGUGUGUACAGUGGGAGAUUCGUGUGGGUCUGUCAUCCUAGUAGACAGCACUCUCCUCUUCUGUCAUUAUCUGACCACCGGGUGCUAUGUUAGACCUCACCCUCCACGCACACCAUCACACACACACGCUAGACCAGUCUAACCCAGCUCUGAUCAGGACUAGGGACCAUGCAGCUGUGCCUCACUGCAUCUCUAGCACCCUGCUACCUAACCUUGAACCCUGAUCAUUUGUUCAGUCAAUGAAAUAUAAUUUGAACACAUUAGCUUUUGGCUAAGUAUAAAACAGGGGGAAGCUGUUUGUUCAAAUGCACUGGGUAACAUAUCUGUGUACCCUGUGACAAUGUCCCUGGUGCAGGGACAGCACUAUAGUCAGCCGUCAGCCCAGAGUAAAAGGUUCUUAGUUAUAUUGGUGUAAUUAUGGUCCGUGUCAAGUCAAGGGAUCAUUCAUGUGAAUAACUUUUGUGUCUGGACAUGAAAUGGUAGGCACAGAGGUUCUCAUUCACUUAAGUGCUGCCGGCUGAGCUGUGCGUCAACACAUGCAUGAUGUGAACAGCAGAAGGACUGGAGGAUAGAAAGCGGAAACAGGAUUCAGUUACUGAGACAGUCCGUUUAUAAUCACUACUUAUAGAGCCAGCUGGAGUGCUAGGGGCGUAGGGACCCGCAACGCAAUGUGCAUUCUUCACAAGUAGGAAUCUCAACUACCCUUAAUCUAAGCUUCUUUGUUAGGUUUUUAUAUCCCUGCCGAAACACUGAUAUGAUGAAAAUGCAGGUGUAAUUUUGGGACUCAAAUGUUGUUUGUGUUGUAUUCAGGCAAGUCUCUGGAGUCAUAUCUCACUGAGUUCACAGGGUAGAAAUGCUGUCUGUACGUGUCACCUUUUGUCCACUAACACUGUAGUGGCGCUUUCUGCAGCCACUUCAACCUGCACACACUGAUAUACAAACACCGCUCACACACUGAUAUACAAACACCGCUCACACACUGAUAUACAAACACCGCUCACACACUGAUACACAAACACCGCUCACACACUGAUACACAAACACCGCU